AGUUGUCGCUUGCCAGCCCUGCCAGUUUUUUUAGUUGGCGAUUUCAGACACACACGCAAGUUGUAGUGCUUUUUACGGCUAUUUUGUUUUUUGGAAAUGUCCCACCACAGCGAUGAUCAGCUUCUGCAGGCUGGAAGUGAUUCCUUCUGGGAGCCUGGCAAUUACAAACGCACCACCAAACGCAUCGAAGAUAGCUACAAACUCUGCAACGACCUACAGCAACUGAUACAGGAGCGCGCCGAUAUUGAGAAGGGAUAUGCAAAAAGCUUGCGCGCCUGGUCCAAGAAAUGGGGUGAACUAAUUGAGAAAGGGCCCGAAUAUGGCACCACAGAAGCUGCUUGGAAGGGCGUAUUAACCGAAUCGGAACGUUUGUCGGAUGUACAUAUGAAGAUCAAGGAUAAUCUGUGCAAUGAUGUCAACACUCAGAUUAAGACCUGGCAAAAGGAUAAUUACCAUCACACGCUCAUGCAGAUCAAGGAACGCAAAGACAUGGAUGAUCUGUUCAAGAAAGCACAGAAGCCCUGGGCCAAACUGCUGGCCAAAGUGGAGAAGGCCAAAGCGGAUUAUCAUUCAGCAUGCAAAACGGAACGCAGCGCCACCAAUCAAGAGCGAAACGCUAAUGCCGACAGCUCGCUGUCGCCGGAUCAGGUGAAGAAGAUGCACGAUCGCGUGCAAAAGACCAAAGAUCAAGUGCAAAAGUGCCGCGAGAAAUAUGAGCAGGCCAUUGGCGAAAUAACCAAAUAUAAUUCCGUUUACAUUGAGGAUAUGACAUCCGUAUUUGAGAAGUGCCAAACCAUGGAAAAGACACGACUGCAGUUCUUCAAGGAAGUGCUAUUCAAUGUGCACGAGUGUCUCGAUCCGACCAAAGUGCAAAACCUGCCCCAAAUCUAUGAGGAGUUUUAUCAUACAAUUAACAAUGCGGACCAACAAAAGGACUUGAAAUGGUGGUCAAAUAAUCAUGGCAUAAAUAUGGCCAUGAAUUGGCCAGCAUUUGUGGAAUACACGGAGGAGUUCCGUGACAUAGCCAAGGGCAACAAAUCGAAAGAGGCGCUGCCUGCCGCGGCCAUAACGCUCAUCAAUCAGCGACCCGUUGCCGAAGAUGUGCACGAAUACCCAACAACAAAUAGUCUAAAGAAGAACGCGAGCGUCAACAGUAAAGCGAGCGGCAAGAGCAGCCAGCAGGAACAAGCAUUAAAUCAAACCUCUGCCACAUCAGUCGAAACUAAAUCAACAGUGUCGACAACAGCGGCGGUCGGCGCUGCGACAGCAACAGCGGGUGCAGCGACGGCAGCGUCAGCGGCGGCGGCAACAAAUCGCAAUCCGAGCGUAACCAAUGGCAACGGCAAAGUCGAUGCAAACCCAUUCGACGAGGAGGAGGAGUGGGACGAGGCCGACAAUGUGCUGGUCGACAACGGGGAGCCGGGUGUGCCGGUGAAGGCCUUAUACGACUAUGACGGCGCUGAAAGCGACGAGCUCACAUUCAAGCAAGGUGAGGUUUUUGAGAAGCUGGAGGAUGAGGAUGAGCAAGGGUGGUGCAAGGGACGCAUGAACGGGCGUGUGGGCUUGUAUCCAGCGAACUAUGUGGAAAUCUUUCACUCAUAAGUGGUCAAAUUAGGUGAAGUGCAACUGGAUGUGUGCGGAGCGUGCAUUGAGAAUAUUAAGUUAUCAAGAUAAUACAGUUAAAAGUAUGUAUUGCGGAUUGCGUAUACAGUAAAAGAAAAGAAACAAACGUUGAUGAAAUUAUUAUGAUAUGUAUUAGAAUUUGUUAUGAGCAAUUGCUCACACCAUGGUGUGGCAUCUAAUGUAUUGAACAUUGAAUUUGUGUUGAGCAAAGCCAAUCCAACCUACCAACAAACAAAAAAAUAGAAAAGAAAAGAAAGCAAAACAAAACAAAAUAUAAACAUGAUACUAACUCACCCACAGUAGAAUUGAAAUGAAUGUAGCUAAAGAACCAGGAAAAACAGAAUACAGAUUAACACUAGAUAAAAGGUCAAGAGAACAAUAAGUGUAAACGUCAAUGUAUGAAAUAAUAUUACAAAAAACAUAUUACAUAUGUAUUAUGCUAUAGCUAAAACUGAAA